AUGUUCUCCCCCUCUUUGUCUGACUCUACACUGGAACAUCCCAAUGAGGGCCCACAAAGCCCACACAACCAGGCCCAUACAGCCAGGCCCACACAGCAAGGCCCAUACAGCCUCAAACAGCCAGGCCCACACAGCCAGGCCCACACAGCCAGGCCCAUACAGCCUCAAACAGCCAGGCCCACACAGCCAGGCCCACACAGCCUCAAACAGCCAUGCCCACACAGCCAGGCACACAAUAGCAGGCCCAAAAAGCCCACCCAGCCAUGCCAACACAUCCAGGCCCACAAUAGCAGGCCCACAAAGCCCACACAACCAGGCCCAUACAGCCAGGCCCACACAGCAAGGCCCAUACAGCCUCAAACAGCCAGGCCCACACAGCCAGGCCCACACAGCCUCAAACAGCCAGGCCCACACAGCCAGGCCCACACAGCCUCAAACAGCCAUGCCCACACAGCCAGGCCCAUACAGCCUCAAACAGCCAGGCCCACACAGCCAGGCCCACACAGCCUCAAACAGCCAUGCCCACACAGCCAGGCACACAAUAGCAGGCCCAAAAAGCCCACCCAGCCAUGCCAACACACCCAGGCCUACAAUAGCAGGCCCACAAAGCCCACACAACCAGGCCCAUACAGCCAGGCCCACAUAGCAAGGCCCAUACAGCCUCAAACAGCCAGGCCCACACAGCCAGGCCCACACAGCCAGGCCCAUACAGCCUCAAACAGCCAGGCCCACACAGCCAGGCCCACACAGCCUCAAACAGCCAGGCCCACACAGCCAAGCCCACACAGCCAGGCCCAUACAGCCUCAAACAGCCAGGCCCACACAGCCAGGCCCAUACAGCCAGGCCCACACAGCCUCAAACAGUCAGGGCCACACAGUCAGGCACACACAGCCUCAAACAGCCAGGCCCACACAGCCAGGCCCAUACAGCCCAAACAGCCAGGCCCAUACAGCCAGGCCCAUACAGCCUCAAACAGCCAGGCCCAUACAGCCUCAAACAGCCAGGCCCAAACAGCCAGACACAUACAGCCAGGCCCACACAGUCUCAAACAGCCAGAACCACACAGCGAGGCCCACAUAGCCAGGCCCACACAGCUUCAAACUGUCAGGCCCACUCAGCCAGGCCCACUCAGCCAGGCACAUACAGCCAGGCCCACUCAGCCAGGCCCACACAGCCAGGCCCAUACAGCCAGGCCCACUCAGUCAGGCCCACACAGCCAGGCCCAUACAGCCAGGCCCACACAGCCUCAAACAGACAGGGCAACACAGCCAGGCCCACACAGCCUCAACCAGUCAGGGCCACACAGCCAGGCCCACACAGCCUCAAACAGCCAGGCCCACACAGCCAGGCCCACACAGCCUCAAACAGCCAUGCCCACACAGCCAGGCCCAUACAGCCUCAAACAGCCAGGCCCACACAGCCAGGCCCACACAGCCUCAAACAGCCAUGCCCACACACCCAGGCCUACAAUAGCAGGCCCACCCAUACAGCCUCAAACAGCCAGGCCCAUACAGCCAGGCCCACAUAAACAGCCAGGCCCAUACAGCCUCAAACAGCCAGGCCCACACAGCCUGGCCCACACAGCCAGGCCCAUACAGCCUCAAACAGACAGGGCAACACAGCCAGGCCCACACAGCCUCAACCAGUCAGGGCCACACAGUCAGGCACACACAGCCUCAAACAGCCAGGCCCACACAGCCAGGCCCAUACAGCCUCAAACAGCCAGGCCCACUCAGCCAGGCCCACACAGCCAGGCCCAUACAGCCAGGCCCACUCAGUCAGGCCCACACAGCCAGGCCCAUACAGCCAGGCCCACACAGCCUCAAACAGACAGGGCAACACAGCCAGGCCCACACAGCCUCAACCAGUCAGGGCCACACAGUCAGGCACACACAGCCUCAAACAGCCAGGCCCACACAGCCAGGCCCAUACAGCCUCAAACAGCCAGGCCCAUACUGCCAGGCCCAUACAGCCUCAAACAGCCUCAAACAGCCAGGCCCAUACAGCCUCAAACAGCCAGGCCCAAACAGCCAGACACAUACAGCCAGGCCCACACAGUCUCAAACAGCCAGAACCACACAGCGAGGCCCACAUAG